AGGAAGUCAUCCAUACGUCACUGGCCUAGCAAUUAUCGGUGGAAUGUAUUGGCUUGGUUUGCAAGGUGCCAUUAUUGGCCCAAUUGUGCUAUGCUCGAUGAUUGUUCUCCUCAACAGGUCAUAUGCGGAUAAUUUGGGCAGUCUUUGUGAUUUAUUAGUUUUAUUCAAAAUAUUCGUGUUUUAUCUUCCAGGCAGCUACGUAACUUCUGAGCUAUCCAGGAUUUAUCAAAUUUUUAUUGAACUCACACGUAAUUUUUGUGAUACUCUCUAUGAUUUUCUGGGGUUUUUUCCAAAUUCAUCAAACUCCUAUUAGGU